AUGUCCCGCGACCCAAGCCUGAAGGCCAUACAGCAGGACUGGAUUUUUUUCCAAACUAGUGUUUACUACAUCGCUACUGAGAUGAAGAGCUGGAGCAAGAGCAGAGAGAACUGCACACACAAAGGAGCAGACCUGCUGAUCAUAAACAGCAAAGAUGAACAGGAUUUCAUUAUUAAACAGCUGGGCAGCGGUGCAGCUUGGAUGGGUCUGACGGACACUGACGAAGAGGGAGUCUGGAAAUGGGUGGACAGAUCAGCACUGACCACUCCGAACUGGGAGAAAGCCAGAGCAAUGCAACAGGAAUGGUUUUUCAGCACUAGUGUGUACUACUUCUUUACUGGGAAGAGCUGGAGUGACAGCAGACAGGACUGCAUAGAGAGAGGAGCAGACCUUCUGAUCAUAAACAGCAAAGAGGAACAGGAAUUCAUCGCUAAUAAGCUGGGCACGGGUCAGGCUUGGCUUGGGCUCACUGACAGUACCACAGAGGGAGUCUGGGAAUGGGUAGACGGUUCAGGACUGACCAUUAGCUACUGGAUGAGUGGAGAACCAAAUGACUAUAAUGAUGAGGACUGUGCGGAGAUUCUUGGCCGUUCAGAUUCCAGUAAAUCCUGGAAUGACCGUCCAUGCUCUUACAAAGAAGGGUGGAUCUGUGAGAAAAGUAACUUAUAAGAAGACAUUUAGCUGGUAAAAGUAAGUAGUAGUAUGAGAAUGUCUGAGUGAAAAACAAAAAAAAUGUCACAUGACCAUGUCAAUAUUUAAUUUAAUAUAAUUAAGUUUUGAAACGUCCAUCAGACAGCAGUACAAGAGUUAUGGUCAUAUGACCCUAUAUUGUCAUCUGCUCAGUGUGGGGCCCAAUUCCAUUUCUUAUUUUUACCCCUACCCCUUGUUUUCGAGUGUCAC